CUUUUAAUACCGUUGAUUAGAUUUCCGCAAUGUAAUUUUCUAGGUUUUCGAAAUCUCAGAAACUUGCUGUCUUUCCUUUAAUUUUGAGAGAGAAAAAUCAAAAUUAGAUUUUCCGCGAUUUUUAGGUUCGGAUUGGGAAAAUCGGAAUUUCUCUUUGAUUCGAUGGUGCAGUUGAUGAGAUCGGGGAAUCUUAGGCCGGAGCCAGAUACUACGGCGCGCCAUGACAAGCCGCCGGUGAAAUUGGAGAUCGUCGAGGAUUCUUUAGAGGAAGAACAGGGCCCUCCUAAUAAACGCUCCAAACCUUCUCCAAAUCUUCAACAGUGGAACUCUGAUGCCAAUGCAUUCCCGAUCCCGUCAUCGCAAUACAAUCCGUUGGAUGAGCCGAGCCCACUUGGUUUGAGGCUAAGGAAGAGUCCUUCACUUUUGGAUUUGAUCCAAAUGCGCCUGUCUCAAUCCCAGAGCAGUGGCUUAGCUGCCCAAGCUGAAACCUUGAGCUCUGAAGUCAAAAAGGAGGUUAAAGCUGCUGCCACUACGGAUAAGCUUAAAGCCUCAAAUUUUCCAGCUUCCAUCCUUCGAAUCGGCCAUUGGGAGUAUAAGUCGAGGUAUGAAGGUGAUUUAGUGGCCAAGUGUUAUUUUGCUAAGCAUAAGCUUGUUUGGGAGGUAUUGGAAGGUGGGCUUAAGAGUAAGAUUGAAAUACAGUGGUCGGAUAUUAUGGCUCUUAAGGCAAAUUGUGCUGAUAAUGGACCAGGGACUUUGAAUGUUGUGUUGGGUAGACAGCCCCUUUUCUUCCGGGAGACUAACCCACAGCCUAGAAAGCACACCUUAUGGCAGGCAGCUUCAGAUUUUACUGAUGGUCAAGCUAGCAUACAUAGGCAACAUUUUCUGCAGUGUCCCCAAGGAUUGUUAAACAAACAUUUUGAAAAACUCAUCCAGUGUGACAUGCGUUUGAACUGUUUAAGCAGACGGCGAGAAAUAAUUUUGGAUUCACCAUACUUUGAAUCACGGACUUCAGUGUUUGAGGAUCUUGAUGGACCGAAAGAGCUUGAUUUUGGCCAGGGGGAGACUGGUAAAGGAUCCACUAGCUCUGGCUUCCAGAAUAUAGCAUCACCUGCUGCAGCUCAGUCUUCGUCCUUGGAGAUUGAGAAAGGGGAUUCUGCUUGUAUAACCUCUGAAAAUAUGUCCAGGGAAGCUCCUUCUCCCAGUUCAGUGAUGGACUCUCAUGCCAUUGAAGGAAGUGGAGUUUUUGAAGCAGUGGAUUCAAAGGGACCAAGGAAUUGGGACGAGAUAAAAGUGCCUGGACUUCACCCAUCUAUGUCCAUGAGUGAUCUUAUGAACCAUAUCGGACAUUGUCUUUCAGAACAGAUGACAUCCGAAAAUCCAUCCUCUGAAAAUAGACCAGAAUGCCAGGAAAUGCUGGAGGAGAUUGCACAAUACCUUCUUAGUGACACUCAAUUGACAACAGCCUCUGAUGAGAAAUCCCUCAUGUCAAGGGUCAAUUCUCUCUGUUGUCUUUUGCAAAAGGACACUACAACAUGCACAAACUCACAGGCUAACGGAGAAAAUUGCGAUGGACCUGAUGAUGGAAAAGAUGUUCAGCUAAACCAAACUCACGAGUCUGGGGUUAAUAUUAAGGGUGGUGUGAAGGCUUUUGAAGGGGAUACCAAGGAAUUCUCUAGUAACAAGCAGGCUCCGGGCAUGUCAAGAAAAGACUCAUUUGGUGAGUUGCUGCUUCAUCUUCCCCGAAUUACAUCUCUCCCAAAGUUCUUGUUUAAUAUUUCAGAAGAUGGAGACAGUCAAGCUAGAUAAGAUAGUUUUCUUGUUUAUCAACUGUUUAAAAUGAUAAAUAUCAAGUGAAUUUCCCAAGCUCCCUCAUCUUAGUUGGAAAUCAGAUGGUCGUCUAUUAUGUCAAAUGUAUGUGGAUGGAUGCUUGGACAAUGGGAAUUAUUGGAAUUCAGAAAAUUCUUUUGAUGAAGAAUUCUAGUAAAGCCCAUGUAAAAAUCUUAGGUGUUUUAGCAAAAUUAUUUGAUUUUAUAUCUCAAGCAGAUUGUUGGUACUAUUUUAAUUUGCAAGUAAAUUGUAAUUGAUCUGUGCAAGUCCUCUGUUCUUAUCA